AUGGUGAAAUUGAGGAAAGAAAGUAUUUUCAAAGCCAUAACAGAUGGUAAGAGUGUUUUGUGGGCGCAGGUGGAGGAGGCUGAUGACUGGCUGCGUUAUGGGAACCCCUGGGAGAAGGCCCGGCCCGAGUACAUGCGGCCGGUCCACUUCUACGGCCGAGUGGAGCACACGGACGAGGGGGCCAAGUGGGUCGAUACACAGGUGGUUCUGGCGUUGCCGUACGACACCCCGGUCCCUGGCUACAGGAAUAACAUCGUCAACACCAUGAGGCUGUGGUCGGCUAAAGCUCCUUGUGAUUUCAACCUAAAGGAUUUUAACGUCGGAGGCUACAUCCAAGCCGUGCUGGACAGGAACCUGGCUGAGAACAUCUCCAGAGUCCUUUACCCCAAUGACAACUUCUUUGAGGGAAAAGAGCUGCGUCUGAAGCAGGAGUACUUUGUCGUGGCGGCCACUCUCCAGGACAUCAUCCGCAGAUUCAAGGCGUCCAAGUUCGGCUCCACCGAGUUUGUUCGAAUGGAUCUGUCCACUCUCCCCGACAAGGUCGCCAUCCAGCUCAACGACACCCACCCGGCCAUGGCCAUCCCAGAGCUGAUGCGGAUCCUGUUGGACCAGGAGAAGCUCUCGUGGGAAAAGAGCUGGGACAUCGUGGUUCGGACCUGCGCCUACACCAACCACACGGUGCUGCCCGAGGCCCUGGAGCGCUGGCCCGUGGACCUGUUCCAGAACCUGCUCCCGCGGCACCUGGAGUUAAUCUAUGAGAUCAACAGGAGGCACCUGGAGCGAAUUGCAAAGUUGUAUCCGGGAGACAUGGACCGCCUCCGCAGGAUGUCGCUGGUGGAGGAAGGGGACAUGAAGAAGAUCAACAUGGCUCAUCUCUGCAUCGUCGGCUCUCACGCUGUGAACGGAGUGGCUCGCAUCCACUCGGAGAUCAUCAAAGACACCGUGUUCAAAGACUUCUACGAGGUGGAUCCAGACAAGUUCCAGAACAAGACCAACGGCAUCACCCCGCGGCGCUGGCUGGUCAUGUGUAACCCAGGUCUCGCCGAGGUCAUUGCAGAGAGGAUCGGUGAAGACUACAUCUGCGAAAUGGACCAACUGAAGCAGCUUUUGGAGUUUGUGGAUGACGAUGCCUUCAUUGGGGACAUCAUGAAAGUCAAACAGGAGAACAAGCUGAAGUUUGCCGCUCACCUCGAGGAACAUUACAAAGUCAAGAUCAACCCUGACUCCAUGUUCGACGUUCAAGUGAAGAGGAUCCACGAGUACAAGAGACAGCUGCUCAACUGCCUGCACAUCAUCACCUUUUAUAACCGCAUCAGGAAGGAGCCGCAGAAGAAGUGGACCCCCAGGACUAUUAUGAUCGGAGGAAAGGCGGCUCCUGGAUACCACACUGCCAAAAUGAUCAUCAAACUCAUCACCUCCAUCGGAGACAUUGUCAACAACGACCCCAUAGUAGGAGACCGGCUCAAGGUCAUCUUCCUGGAGAACUACCGCGUCACUCUGGCAGAAAAAGCCAUCCCUGCUGCAGACCUGUCGGAGCAGAUCUCCACCGCAGGCACAGAAGCGUCCGGAACCGGAAACAUGAAGUUCAUGUUGAACGGAGCGCUGACCAUCGGCACCAUGGACGGAGCCAACGUGGAGAUGGCAGAGGAGGCCGGCGAGGAGAACCUUUUCAUCUUUGGGAUGAGGGUCAAGGAUGUGGAGGAAAUGGACAAGAGAGGAUACGACGCCAUGUCCUACUACAACCGCAUCCCGGAGCUGAAGCAGGCCAUGGACCAGAUCUCCGGGGGUUUUUUCAGUUCCCAGCAACCAGACCUCUUCAAAGACCUGGUCACUAUGCUCCUGCACCACGACAGAUUCAAGGUCUUUGCCGAUUACGAGGACUACAUCCAGUGCCAGGAUAAAGUCAGUGCUCUCUACAAGAACCCCAAAGAGUGGACCAAGAUGGUGAUCCGCAACAUCGCCGGCUCUGGCAAAUUCUCCAGCGACCGCACCAUCGCGCAGUACGCCCGCGAGAUCUGGGACAUGGAGCCGAGUCUGGAGAAGAUCGCCGCCCCGGACGACCCACGCUAA